CUCAGGUGGACAAGUUCGAGGUAACCAACAUUGACUGGUUCAGUUAGUUAUCCACGAGCACUGUAGCGUAGCUGUUGGAUGUUAGUGACCUAUAGACGACGAAAUUGAACUUGAAUAUUCAACAAACGUGAGUGGUAUAUCAGUGCAUAAACUAGAGAAAAGGAAAUUUGCAUAAUGAAGUGUCGGGUGCUGUUGAUUUUUAUCGUUGUUUUGUUCCUAAUUGCUGCAAACGUUGAAGGUCGAAGGCGCGUUAAAAAGAUUAAACACAAACAGAACAAACAGCUUUCUGCAGAAAGUAAGGAGACAUCGCCGCCGAAUUUUUUCCGUUUGCUGGUGAUGCGAUUGGUCUAUGGCAUGGCAGCUCAAAUGGGAUUCGAAGAAAGGAUAUCAGGAAUCUUUAACGGAGCCUUUGUACCUCCCAAUGCAGAGGAGGACUAUUUCGACUUUGGAGUUUCCGAUGGUGACGAAUUUGGAUUGCUCGACGAUAUUUAAAGUGCUCGAUUAAAAUUUUAGCUAUAUAAAAUGGAAAUAACAUCGAGAAGUAGUUUUUUGUCGCCGAUUCCAAUAUCAAUAAUUCCGAUAAAUAUAAAGACAUACAAAUUUACGAAUAUGAGAUUGGGAUUUCUAAUUGUCUCCUGAUUGUGUGGAGUGUACAGAUUGCUUGCAUCAUUUUCUCUUUGAAAAAAGUAGCAUAGAUUUUAUUUCGGUCCCACUUUGAACCCUAGACUUUUUAUACCCAGGCGAUCCUGUUGAAGUCCGUAAUAUUUUAAAACAACAAAUGCGCAUAUUGUUGAUAUUGGUUUCGGCAACGCUCGCGACGGUUAUCUUGCUUUAAUCUAUUGUAAUACGAUUUAACGUAAACCAUAAUUUAUUUAUUUAUUUGUGUAAAUGUGUCUAUAAAGUGUAUGUUCUGUAUUUAUUCUGUGUGACUGUAUAAGCUCGAAAAAAAUGAAUACUGUGUAAAUAUGAUGAAGCACAACCGAUAAAAACGAUAUUACAAAUCU